CUGCCAAGCCUUUUACAGAAUCAAUGAUUUGGAAAAGGCGAAUUUCCACUUAGAGACAGUUUAGAUCUCUUCUAGAUCUAGGCCUAGUUGUUUUAGUUAGAAUAGAAAAAUUAAGGGUUUUCAGAAUUACUAAGAUCAAUAAUCGAAUUAUUUGUAAUUUUAAAAAAAAAGAGACUUAAUGGUUUGCUUAUUGUAAAUUGUAUUAAGAAAACUUUAAAAUGUUAAACGAAAUCUUCUAAGUAAAUGUUUAGUUUAGGCUUAGUCUUCUAGACUCUAGAUAAAAAAAAAAAUAACAUUGAAAGUAAAAGUAGCCAGAGUGUAUCGAAAUUUCAUUUAAAAAUGAUUUUUUUUUGGUAGAGAUUUACUAAUCAAGUUCAAGAUCUAGACUAGAUCUAUAUAUAGAUCUAGUAGUAGUAUUAGUUAGAUUUAGAUUUAGAUAUCUAGUCUGAUCUAGAUCUAGUAAUGAAGAAAUCGAUCUUCUGUAUGUUGUUGCUCCUGAAGUAUACAGCUUGAGCCUUGAGGCAGUUCUUUUUUAGACAAUCUAUGCCUUUUAAAAAUUACAGCUGUUAGGCUUAACAACAGUCAAUCAUAACAAAUAUGAUCCUGUUUUGUAUUAUUGUAAACAAACAAGGCAGAAUAAGGAUAAGAAGGAACUAUCAGCACAUACAAGAAAAAGAGAGGGAACAGAGAGAAACUGCAAUAGUUAAAAAGGUCUUGAUGCGAGACAAUAAACAGUGUAAUUUUUUUAGUCAUGGUUCAAUCACAGUAGUUUACAAGAAGUACACAACUUUAAGCCUUAUUUGUGGUGUAACUAAAGAAGAGAAUGAAUUAGCUAUUCAAGAAUUAUUGAAUGUUUUCAUGGAUUGCAUUGUUUCAUAUUUUCAUCAUGUAUCUGAACUAGAUAUUGUUCAUAACAUGGAGAGAAUAUACAUAAUUCUGGAUGAAAUAAUUGUAAAUGGUUCUAUAGCUUACACCAGUAAAGAACGGGCUUUGAUCCCUCUACAACUGAUUGAUGCAAGUAGCUGAAAUCUCUGAUGUUUGAGAUAACAGAAGGGUUAUGAUAAGCAUGCGGCAUAUUAAGCUGUCAUUUAUGUUACGGACAGGUACUGCAUUAUUCUUGAUGAAAGUGUAAUAUUUUGUAUAUGUUUUGUGUUACUUUAAAUGCUAUAUUUAUAUCUAUUUAGUUUUAAGAUGUAAUGUGUAAAUAUUAUGUAAACACUACUUUAAAAAUAAAAGUUUUAUAAAAUUGUUA